CAAAGUGCGGUGGGCGUGGGCUAACCUUAACGUAAUGACUGUACUUCUGUGUUAGUUAUGUUCUAUUUAAUUGCAAUUUAAGUGAUCAGUAGUGUAUUUAACAACAUUUUCUUAAAAUUAAGUUGCAAUGAGGACUUUAAUAGGUGUUAUCUGGUUGGCAUACACAUUAUAUACGAUAGGUGUUCUUUGCCAGUAUGAAUGGCAACAAAGAGAUUCCUUCGAUGAAGUUAGGAAAAGACUUGAUAGAGUCUCGAGCGCUAAUUGUGAACUCCAAAAUCUUUACGAUUUAUUUUUGCCAAGCGAUUCAGUUUCUCAUUUACCGGAUAUUAAAGAAUUGAAUAUAAACCCUAUUUUCCCCAACAGGACUGCCCUGUUACAUUUACAUAAUUUAGUGUUGAGUAGAUCCUUUUUCUUUAGUUAUAUUUUACAAGCGAGGUUUAUACGUCCUGCAAUCAAUGAUACAUAUGAUCCUGGUAUGAUGUAUUACUUUCUGUCAACAGUUGCAGAUGUAUCCUCAAACCCUUACAUAAAUGCAAGUGCCAUAUAUUUUUCACCGAAUGCUGCCUAUACACCCUCCUACAGAGGAUUCUUUAACAAAACUUUGCCUCGAUUUGCACCUCGAACUUUUCGUGCUGAUGACUUCAAUGAUCCUAUUCAUGUUGAAAAAUUAUCUACUCUAAACAUGUUUACUGUUAAUGAUUUAGGAGCCUUUAACCCAAAUGAAACUCUAAGUUUAGAUUACACGACUGACUUUUAUCGGAUCAAUGAAUGGUAUUCUGCCUGGUUACCUGAUAAUGUUGUUGGACGACAUGAUACAAAAACAACUUACCAAGUAGAGAUCCGUUAUGCUAAUAACACAAAUGAGACAUUCACUUUCCACGGUCCUCCAGGUGCUGAUGAAAAUCCUGGCCCAGUAAAAUGGACCAGACCUUACUUUGAUUGUUCCCGAGCUAAUAAGUGGCUUGUUGGUGCUACUGUUCCAAUUGCUGAUAUAUAUCCUCGUCAUACUGGAUUUAGACAUGUUGAAUAUCCAACUUAUACAGCAGCAGUUGUUAUUGAAAUGGAUUUUGAUCGUAUUGAUAUAAAUCAAUGUCCUUUGGGGGAAGGAAAUAAUGGGCCAAAUCGUUUUGCUGAUACUGCAAGAUGCAAAAAAGAAACUACAGAAUGUGAACCACUUCAUGGCUGGGGCUUUAGAAGAGGGGGUUAUCAAUGUCGAUGUAAACCUGGAUGGAGGCUUCCACCUAUCACACGACGACCUUUCCUUGGGGAAAUCCUAGAAAGAGCUACUACUGAACAGUAUUUUAAUGGAUUUGACUGCCUUAAAAUAGGCUGGGUUCAGAAGAUGCCUAUCAAGUGGAAGAAAGCUCCUCAGUAUAUGAGAGAAAAGUAUUUGGAUUUAUUUUAUGCUUAUCGAAACCAAUCACAAGAUCCUUUUAACUCACCAGUCCAUCAAAAACUUCUUAAUGUUCAUGAAGCAAUAAAUUUUAUUCUUGAUGUGAAACCUGGUAAUUGUCACACCUACAAACCUAAAGAUCUUAUUUUACCUGGUGAUGUUAGUUUUGGGGCUGAAGAAUUUUUUGAAAAUGAAGCAAAGAUGGCAGUGAGAUUAGCUAACUUCCUAAGUGCAUUUUUACAGAUUUCUGACCCUAAAGAAGUAUUUUCUGGAAAAAGAGUUGCUGACCGACCUUUGUCUGAAGACCAAAUGAUGGGAGAAACAUUAGCUCUCGUUAUUGGUGAUAGUAAAAUUUGGUCUGCUGGUACUUACUGGGAUCGGAAUAAGUUCACCAACCGUACAUUAUUUGCUCCUUACGCCUAUAAAAAGCCAUUUGCAUCAAGAAAGUUUAAAUUAGAAGACCUUGCCCGCUUGAAUAAUACUGAGGAAGUUUACACAAAUGCCCAAUGGUUUCAGUUUUUAAAAGAAAGAUGGUCAACCAAUUUUGAUUCUUUGGAAAAAUAUUUUAUGAAAAUGAAGAUAAGAUUUAACGAAACUGGAUUACAUUCCAAAAAGUUUGAGCAAUAUCCUAAUUUUUAUAGGGCUGCCAAGUUGACGGAUGGUUACUGGACCAAUCCUUAUUUCGACUGUAAAGGAAAAGUAAAAAAAUGGCUUAUAACUUAUGCUGUACCAUUUUUCGGUUGGGAUAGUUUAAAAGUGAAAUUAGAAUUUAAGGGUGUUGUCGCAGUUAAUAUGGAUUUACUUCAGCUGGAUAUAAACCAGUGUCCUGACCAUUAUUAUGUCCCAAAUGCCUUUAAAGAUACACAUAAAUGCGAUAAAAAAUCAUCUUACUGUGUGCCAAUCCUAGGCCGAGGUUUCGACGCAGGAGGCUACAAGUGUGAGUGUCUCCAGGGCUACGAAUACCCCUUUGAGGAUCUCAUCACUUAUUAUGAUGGUCAGCUUGUGGAAGCUGAGUUCCUCAAUCUUGUCGUCAACAACGCCACUAGGUAUGACAUGUUCAAAUGUAGAGUAGCGGGUGCAGCUGAUACCAGAGUGAGCUUCCUCGUAUUGGUUGUUCUGUUUAUUGUAGCUAGGCUACUAAAUUAAUAGCAAUCAAUGUGUAAUACUCUCUAUCAUCUUAUCAUCUCGUGCAAUACUUGUUUGUUAAUCGAGAUCAAAAUUAUUUUAAAGUCAAUCAAAAUUUUGGAUUUCGAUAAUUGAAAAAUUAGGUAAUUUAUGUUUGGCAUUUAAUUGUAUUGAAUAAAUUUCAUUAGAUCUUUGCUAACUUAAAGAAUUUUGAUUUAAGGUAUCUUAUUGUAUUAUGAUAUGAUAUAGUAUAUAUUAACCUGCACAAAUUGAUCUGUUCACAUAUUUAUUAUAAAUAAUGAAUGAAAGUAAUUUUUUUUUUUUAUAUAGCUUCAAUUAUUUGUUUGAUAAAAGAAUAUUUAGAGAUUAUUUUUUUAUGUGCACUUAUGAUUUUUAGGGAAUAAGGAAUUUUCGUACAAAUAUUAAACAUUAUUGAUACUGACAGUUCUGCAGCUUCUUAUUUUGUAUUAAAAAACCAACAAAUAAUUACUCUUACUGACAUUAAUAGUAAAAUUAUAUUCACCUAAAUUUAUUUAUUAUUUUCUCUUGUUAAUAAUUGAUAGUAUUCACAUAAAUUAAAUAACACUUUUGAGGAAUACACUAAAGUAAUUUUUCAUUCCCAUCAGCAGUUAACUGUCAUUAUAAUAACAUGACAUUAUUGUAAAGUAAUGGAUUAAUUUUUUAUUAUAUAUUACGAGAAGUGAUGGACUUUUUAAUUUGACUGUACUUCUUGGAGGUUUGUCACUACAAAACAAAGUCCCUGCUGAACCGUACUAUACCAUUGUUAAUAACUGAACUGUAAAAUAUGUAUAAUUUAUAUUAUCAUUUUAUUUUAUUUUUUGAAAAUAUUAGAUUAUUAUUAGGUAAUUUUAGUUAAUUGUUAAUAUUAGAUUUCAUCCGUCCAGUUUUUUCAGACUGUUAUUAUCAUUUCUAUUAAGAUCUGUAAACACUACUUGUGUAUAGAAAUUAAUUCCAUCCACUUAGUAUUAAUGUGUUUGUUUUUAUAUUUGAUUUAUACUAAGGAG